AUGCUUCGAAUUAAAAAGAAUUCACAAGCAAAUAUUGCUACUGACAAAUAUGUUCCAUUAAAAGAAAUUAGUAUCGAAGGAAAAAUUCAUUCAUUUGCAGCCGAUGUAACCAUAAAACAAAUAUUUCGUAAUGAUGAAACAAUUCCAAUUGAAGCUGUUUAUUGUUUUCCUAUUGAAGAACAAGCAGCUAUAUAUGCUUUUACUGCUCGAAUUGAUGAUCGACAAAUUGAAGCUCAAUUAAAAGAGAAAAAAGAAGCACAAAAAGAAUAUAAUGAUGCUCUUCACGAAGGUCAUGGCGCUUAUUUACUUGAACAAGAUGAAAAUUCUCAAGAUAAUUUCAUAAUUAAUGUUGGUGCUCUUCCACCUGGUAAAGAAUGUCAUAUAACAAUCUCUUAUGUUACAGAAUUAGAUCUGGUUAAUAAUGGUAAAAACAUUCGUUUUGUUAUUCCAACAACGAUUGCUCCUCGUUAUGAUCCAGCUAAAGGUGGAAUUACAUCACCGGCUGAAACAAAUUCUAAAUAUGUUCAAUCAAGUCCAUAUACAAUUCAAUUUCAAUGUGAAAUUGAGAAAAAUAAUAUUUCAAGUGUUAGUUCAUCAUCACAUCCAAUUCAAGUUGAUUUCAGUCAACAAGAUUAUUAUAUGAUUAAAUUUGGUCAAGAUAACACUCAUUUAGAUCGAGAUAUUCUUCUUGAUAUUCAUUUAACUAAAGAUCGAUCAAAUACAAUUUUAGCAAUAGAAUCAAAUGCAUUAAUGGUUUCAUUUACACUAAAUGAAAAAGAUUAUCAACAAGCAAUGAAUAAUAAUAAUAUUGAAAUAACAAAUGAAUUUUUAUUUAUUGUCGAUUGUAGUGGAUCAAUGAAAGAUGAAAAUAAAAUUGGUUUUGCUCGUCAAUCGAUGUUACUUUUUCUUAAAAGUCUCCCAUUACAUUCUUAUUUUAAUAUAAUUCGAUUUGGUACCAAUUAUGAAUUAUUAUUUAAUGAUGCAACAGUUAUUUAUAAUGAAGAAAAUUUCAAAAAAGCUGAACAAUUGAUAAAUAAAAUGGAAGCUGAUCUAGGUGGAACUCAAUUAGUAAAACCGUUAAAAUGGGUUGAAGAACAUUCACCAAAAGAAGGUCGUUGUCGACAAAUUUUUCUUCUUACUGAUGGCGAAAUAUCAAAUGUUAAUGAAGUUCUUAAUUUAUGUCGUUCAAUGUCGAAAUCAUGUCGAAUUUUUUCAUUUGGUUUAGGAAAAUCUCCGAGUCGUUCAUUAGUUAAAGGUUUAGCACGUUCAACAAAUGGUUGUUUUUGUUUUAUUCCACCUUCGACAAAUGUUGAUAUUUAUGUUGGACAACAAUUAGAAAAAGCUCUUCAACCAUCAAUUACAAAUAUUAAAAUAAAAUGGAAUUUACUAACUGAAAUAACAACUGCACCAACAAAUAUUCCACCAGUAUAUGUAAAUGAUCGUUUAAUUGUAUAUGGAUUAAUAAAUGAUGAAUCAUUUGUAUUUAAUCAUAAUACAACAAUUGAAUUAUAUAAUGAUACAAAUAAAUUAAGUGAAGCAAAUGUUAAGCGCAUACCGAAUGUUACUAAUAAUGAAACAAUUCAUCGUUUAGCUGGUAAAGCACUUAUUCUUGAAUUACAACAUUCACAAUUACCAUCAUCAACUAAAAAAGGAUCACAACAAACAAGAUUUCAAGAGUAUAAUCAACAGAUAGCAAAAUCAGCUGAUGAUUAUAAAGAUGAAAUAAAAAAACGUAUUAUUGAAUUAUCAUUAAAAUAUAAUAUUCUUAGUCCAUAUACUUCAUUUGUUGGAAUUGAAAAACGUUUAAAUGGAAAUAAUGAUCAAAUGUUAUUACGUGAAGUUCCAAUUCAAAUAUCAGCUGAUGAUCAACAUUUACAAACACAAAGUUCGAGAGUAUCCUGUACAACUGUGUCGCAUUUCAUGUGCCAUAAGUUUGCGUUUACGGCUACAACGUCCGAUUUGCAUGAGCCUAUGUCCACGCAGUGCUAUAGCGGUGUGCCUAUGCCCUCGAUGUGCGAUAAGCGUGAGCCUAUGUCCACGGUGCUCCCUGAGUGUAAGCUCGUGAGUCGUGUGUCUGCCUGUUCCACCUUGCAGCGAGUGAUUCGGCCUAAACUACCUUUACUGAGACAAUGUAACUCGCGGAUGGCCGAAUGGUCAAGUUCGUCGGAUUCUUCCAGUGCUUUCAACCACGCCAGCGAAGAAAAUACAGGAGAAAAAAUAAAAGAAAUAGAAUCUCCAACAGAUGAUCAAAAUAUUGUUCGUUAUUUAAUUGGAAAACAAAACUUCAAUGGUCUGUGGAAUUUCGAUUCAGAAAUUAUUAAAAAAUUAACCGGAAAAUCAUUAAAUGAAUUUCGACGAUCAACAAACCAAGAAUUAAUCGUGACAGCUAUUAUUAUUGUUUUGUUAGAAACUCGUUUUUCAUCAUUGUCAUCAAUGUACCAUGGAAUUGUACAAAAAGCUCGAAAACGACUUUUUGAUCUACUCAACAGAGAUAAUACCAAAUUUCAAACAUUGUUGGAUGACGUCCGAAGACAACUUUAA